AUGUCAAACUAUGCCCGUCCUCUACCCUCUCAUCUACGGAAUCCGUCGCUGGGUGGCUCGCAGCAGCAGUCUCCAGUGAUGCUCGCACGCAUCGCAGAGAAGAAAGCCGAACUUGCGAACCUCAAGGACUUGCAAGCACUCAGUGGUGGAUUGGCAGACCAAAUGCAGAUGCUAGCAGAUAAGCUGCAAACUCUAUCUGACGGGACCGAAGCGGUCGCCGCCGUCCUUUCAAAUUGGCACAACGUCCUCCGCGCAAUCAACAUGGCAUCCACCAAACUUCCCAAGCCAAAAGAGGAAGAGGAUGCAGAGAAGAGGGCUGAGGAUGCGCCCCCCUUGCCCCAAACUCUUGUGCGGAUUCCCACGCAGCAUGCGCCUGCGCUUCUGGAACAGGCCAAUGCAGGUGCUGCUCCAGAAUGA